UGUAUACGGGCAGAGACAGCCAAGAGUGCAGUCCGCGAACGAGCUUUCCUUUCUCUCGGCCGCAACAAGUUAAACUUGCUACUGUGUGGCUGCGCUGCUCGAGAAGAGAGCUCGUGCCAAAAAGCCGCCGCUAUUAUAUACGGCUCUCGGCCUCGGCCCAACGACAAAAGCCUCUCUUGUAUAUAGAUAUAUAUGUUGCGUCGCUUCCAGCAGCUCCGAGCCACCCACUAAGCCGCACAUGUAGCCGAACUAAUUCGGCGUCAGCUGUGACGCGAACCCUUCCUACCUUCCUCCGUACGCCCAUGUUAAAUAUCCGCGAGGAAUGUGUGACACAGGGAUGCCGAGGAGGACGAGAGGAGCAGCGGAGUCGGCUUCGAUGCUCGCUUGAGUCGGGGAUGGAACGGGCCUCGCUACACUCAUGCAGAAAUUCAUGGACUCUCGAAAAUGCAUCGAGUGGUGUCUUAGCGUGAGCAGGAGAGAUAGCAGGCAGGCAAAAUAGCGCCGAAAACGGGCCGACGUUUUAUCAAGAGCAUAAAAGUGCCGGUGGGUAGUGCGCCGCAUCAGGCCAUUGUGCGAUGCGUCCUAGACUGCGCGAUGAGCGGACCAAAGGCGGCGAGUGCGCAGCUGCUGCAACGAGGCCUCGUGGCUCUCGGCCUGGCGCUGGCCCUCGUGCUGCUCAUCGUCCUGGCCCGUCGACGACUUUUGACCCAGGAAGAGCAGUCCCGAGCGCGCCACAGUCUGCUCGUUGAGAUCCUGGCCAACGUGAGCGAGGGCCUCGGGCGCCUCGAGACCGGUCUCGACGACAUAGCUGUCCGCACGGCCGCGGCCAAGAAUCAGCUCUCUCGGCUGACCGACGCCCGCCGGCAGAAUCUCCUGGCCUGCGCCCUGCUGCGCGAGCGUAAAGUCUUUCAAGAUGAGUAUGCGCGGAAAAAAGUCGACGCUGCAUCGAUCGACGACCCAGCCAAAUCUAAUGUAUCUUGAGGCUGUAUCGUGAUCCAAAUAACUGAACCGAAUGACGAUUCAACUUUGCAAUCGAGAGAACAUUUUAUAAGAGCUUUUUAGGUGCACUUUUUUAGGUUCGUGCCUCUUAUCAGAAACUUAAUCGAAAUGCGCAACGUAUUAUAAUCCACAAAGAAUUUUUAGAUUGUCACAAAGUGAUAAUUUUACAGUAACUUUCGCCCGCAACAUCUUGUUUGUUGCUCAUCCAGGCAAAUCAAUAAGGACACCCCUUUUUGGCAAUUUUGAAACGUUCUAUAGACUAAAAAUUGAUACAUUCCGCUGCACCAAUUUAUCCAAUAAUCAGCACGUUUAUACACUGCUCAAACUCAGUAGCUCAUCAAUUUUUUAAAGUGAGAACUGUGUACCUAAAAAAAUGAAGAUUUGCUUUAUAUAUUAAGGAAGUUCUUGCGACUGUAACUUACAUCAAGUUAAAACUGUACUCAUGCGUAUACGCAAAACUUUUACUUUUGACGAGAAAAAUCUCAAUUUCUUCCGAAUCAACACAUACUUCAUGAGAUAUCAUUAGAAUUCAUAGACUUUUUUGUUUAUUUAUUAAAAAGUACUGUCUAGAAUCUAGACUUUUUUUCGCAAGAAUCCACUUGAUUAUUUUUCUUAUAUUAUUGAAUUGAUCAAUUGAAAAAAAGAGAAAAAUGAAAAAACAAAGCAAUAAUCUAAUCUACUCGAAUCAUACAUUAAAGGCCUAAUAUUUUUUACAUUAUUUUUUACAUUAAAUAAUAUAAUAUUGUAGUCAUAAAUAUAAAUUUGGUUGCUAUUUCAAUUUAGCGUAUGCACCACUGUGACCUAUAUCAACAAUAUCUUGUUGAAAUGUUGACCACCGUUCUAAAAAACGGAAAUGCACAUUUGCGUAAAGAAGCUAACUUAUUUAUUAUAUAUAAUAUAUGAUUACUCCAAUGUCGGCCUUGUAAUCGACCAAUGUAAAUAGAAUACAUUAAAUAAGAUUUCUACAAAAUAAUAGAAUAUCAGGAACAAUUAUAUCAUGCGUUGGGAACAUUCAUAAAUGUUUAAAUUGCUAAAUUGCCGAGUUAUUUUUAAAUGGCUACAUUAUAACUGAGGAAUAAUGUAAAUAUCCUCUUUAAGAUUUUAAAAAUAUCUAGUUAUAGAUCCAGACAAUCAGUUUGUCGAUUGAUUAUUUAUGAUUCCUAUUUGUACUAUAUAUUCGAUAAGAAUUAUUUUUACUCUGGAUAAAGAAUAAUUCUUAAAAAAUUCACUCAAGAUAAUUGACACUAAAUUUUAAUACUUUUAAUGAGAACCAUGUUCAUAUUAAGAUUAUCUGAUAAAUUUUUAAAGUAUUUAGUGAUAGAUGAGAAACAUAUGUGCCAAAUAUUUUGUAAAAUAAUUUUAAUUUCAGUUCGAAUAUGAAAUACAAGUGUAAAUAUAACUAGUUUCUUUAUAUCAUUAGCUAUAAAGUUUCAAACAAAGACAACACAACUUUAAUAUGUGAAAGUAUUUUACUUUGCAUCAUACUUAAAUAAAAUAAUGUUAAUAAGCAUAUUGUUCAGGCUAAAU